AUGAGCGGAAUCAAGAGCGAGUAUUUGGUGGAACCAGUGCCGAAUCUGCAAGCGGCAGCAGCGACGCCUGCUGAGUUUUCCCAACCUCGAACGAUGCCAACUAUUACCACUGUGGACGGCACCUCCUCGAUGUGCGUGUCAGGAAUCCCUACGCCAUCCAUGUCCUGGUCAGGAAGCCCGUCCAUUGCGACAACAGCCGUGCACAGCAACUACUCGGCGUCACCCGUAAUCUCACGCAGCAAUCCACGAUCAAACUUGCCCCUAUCCAGUGGAGGCUGGACCGCCCCUAUGGAUCAACCGGUAUCCAGGCCCAUGCCGCCGCCCGUGAUGGCCACCGGAGGUUAUUCUCUUGCGUAUGGAUAUAGUACGUCCGUCCCACAGACGUAUUCUUCAAUCUAUGAUGAUGAGCCGGCUGUUGGGAUUCCCGGAUACGGAGAGAGCCCCGGACUCUAUGGUCCGCAUAUCCCGAACCCCGUCAUACGCACCCUAUCACCCCAACUGGUGGUUGGCCAGUCUUCAGAAACAAUGGUUACAGCUCCAGCCCCGUUGCCAGCAGAUCGUGUUGUCAACCCUCUUCCGUGUCCGCUAGAGCCGACUUCUAGGCUGGGAUUGCUGGCUCAGGACCUGUUGCCUGUGUCACCGCGCCCAGAAGCACUUAGUGCGCUGCCAAGUUAUAUUGACAUAUUUUGGGACAAAGUACAUCCCCUCUAUCCAAUCAUCCACAGAUCAACCGUGGAGGAUGGUGCGGAUGUUAUACCGGAGCAUGUCGAUGCGUUACGAUGUGCCAUGGCUGCACUUGCGACGCAGUUUCUCGGACAUCGAGAGCAUCGCGUCAAUGGCGGCCAACUGCAUGCUUACGCAUGGCGCAGAUCGAAAGCCUUCACGCAGUCGGCAACUUGGUCACUACCGGCCAUGCAGACUGUUCUGCUCUGCGAGUACUAUGCUAGGUUCCGAGGGCGACACAAGGAUGAUUAUCAGCCUUCGUCACGAUUUCUCACCCUCUGUCAACUGGUCUCUGGCUAUGGUUCGGCCCCUGCUCAACAGCCAUCCGGCAACAACACCGAGAGGUGGAACGCGUGGGUAUACGUUGAGUCGUGCCGAAGACUGCUGGCUGCUUGCUUUUUACUUAGUGUUCACGGCAUGUGCUACCAUGAGCAGCCUUAUUCCACAGUGGUGGACUUGGAGCAUUUAGCCGCAUCCAAAUUCCCAAUUGCUCUGUCAGCAAGUACAACGUCCCUCUGGGAAGCCAGAAAUUCCGAUGCUUGGGCUGCCAUUGAUAUGUCAACAAUCAUGUUGACAACGAUUGGGGAUAUCAUGGAAGAUCCGACGCUAUCCACUGCCGAAACAACGCCAGCAUUCGAUUUAUCUCUGGUCAUUGCCGCUCACGCUCUGCAGCUGCCACCCCGACAAGUUAGACAGGAAGUAGACUUGGUUCAUGAUGUAUCCGGGUUCAACAGCGACGAUUUGGCCAUGUCGAAAUACUUCACUCGUCGUCCCGGGGCCAACACUUACCUCGCUUUGCAUUACACACCACUACACGUUCUCUUGGCUGUGUCGGGUGACAGCUGGGUCUUCAACAAGAAGAUCCCUGAUGCCAGUUUGUUUGCCGAGCACAAGAGAAAGUUGGGUCAGUGGCGAAAUUCUGGCACUUCGGCUAUUGCGACUGUGUUUGCUGCUCGGGCUAUUCGGGACUUCUUGGCUCUGUCGGAUGGAGAUUCGGGACAGAAAUUGGCACAGGCUCACACUCCUCACGGAGUUGUGACAUGCAAAGAGAUUUCUGAUUAUUGGGGAUUGUACGUCUGCACUCUUAUCUGCUGGGCAUUUGGACACGUUGGCAAGAGGUCGACGACGGAUAAGCGACUUUCUGCACGAGGCAGGGCAAUCAAAUGGAUCCAGACGGUGGCAGAACUCGAGCCGGGUCAACUUCAAGUGUUGCGGAACCGCGAGGACUCGCAAACCAUUGUUGGCUUCAUUCGAGAUAUUCUGGAAAAGGAUUGUCUCGGCGGACGGAAUAUCCUAUUCGCUGAUGCAGUCGGUGUACUACGCAAGUUGGAAGAAGUGGACAACUGGAGUUGGUUUUAA